GUUAUAUUAUCAUUGUUGCAGAUGAGCGGCAAGCGCACGCGCAGCUAUAGAUGCGCCGUGCACCAGCGCGACCGCGAGGUGAGCUCCGAGAACGACUUCCAUCUGCUCCUCGAAGAUCCCACACUAUUCGCCAGAAUGGUGCACUUGGUGGCUAUGGAGAUGCUCCCGGAGGAGCGCGAGCGCAAGUACUACCAAGAGCGAUACACUUGCUGCCCUCCGCCAUUCUUCAUCAUAUGCGUCACACUUCUUGAGGUAAACAUCAAAGCAAACCCAAUGUUUCUCGUUACCUAUUUACACAAGUAAAUCAUUGAUGUACUA